AUGACCAUUCCGGUCUUUCGUCAGCUGAGGGAAGGCGGCUCUGUCAGCGUCUUUCCUGAGAAGAAGAGCUAUUCAUGUGCAGUUCACGAGAGAGCAAUUUCAGUCAAUGGAAUCUACGAUCUUGAGGAGUUAGUUCGCGGACCCAAUGGAUUAAGGUCAGCAAUGGCGGAUAGAAGUGGCACGCAGAUGCAUAUCGCACGACUUCUCCAACAAGAAUUGCUUCGAACUCGAGAUGGGCAGAAUGGCUCGACGUGA